AUGCAACCACAUGCAAUUUGCUUUUUGUGUUCUAUUUUGAAAAAUAAACAUGUUACGGUAGCUAUUAAUGAGGAAAGUUUGCAGGAAAAUGUUCGUAAUGUGAAGAGUGAUGAUGAAAUUAUAUGGGGAGAUGAUGAUUUAGAUUGUAAUCAAGAAGAUUUAAUUCAAAAUUUAAUGACUCAAAUGCAGAAUUAUGUCCCACCAGCCUGCAGAUCAACUUAUAUAGGAAAUUCUGCAAGAACUAAAUGUAGACAUCAUGCUCAAGCGAAAAGGGAUGCUAAAAAAAAAUGGUCAGACAAUUGA